AUGAAACAUCUCAAGGUCUCCAAGCACAUUGUCAUGAGAGUUACAUGCACGACGCAGAAAAAUAUUCCGACACUCACUGCGGCCAACUGUUUCCAGCAACAAUAUUUUCGAGUACCACCAAAAAGCCUUCGAGUACAAGAAGGUUCGGAGGCUGUACUAGAAUGUGCCAUUGGGAACUUGGCUGGCCAAGUCCAAUGGGCUAAGGAUGGAUUCGCUUUAGGAUACUCGUCAGUUAUACCCGGCUACCCAAGGUACACCAUGUUCGGUGACAGACGCCACGGGGUCUACAAUUUGAGGAUAGUGAAUGUGACUCUAGAAGACGAUGCCGAGUAUCAAUGUCAAGUUGGUCCAGCUCAGAUGCACAAGUAUGAACCUGCUACGAAGAACGGCUAA